AUGGAGUCUAAUAAAAAGGAGCUGACGCUUCAGCUGAUGUUGGCUGUUGGGACUGCUGUGAUCGGCUCCUUGCAGUUUGGCUACAACACAGGAGUCAUCAAUGCCCCUCAGAAGACCAUCGAGUCUUUCUACAAUGAGACGUGGAAUAAAAGGUACUCGGAGUACAUACCUUCGACCACUCUAACUACACUCUGGUCCAUAUCAGUGGCCAUUUUCUCUGUGGGUGGCAUUGUCGGCUCGUUCUCAGUUGGGCUCUUUGUAAACCGCUUUGGCAGGAGGAACUCAAUGCUCAUUGUUAAUAUUCUGGCCUUCAUCGCUGCCGCUUUAAUGGGCUUUUCCAAGCUGGCUGAAUCCUGGGAGAUGCUUAUUAUCGGACGCUUCAUUGUUGGCCUUUACUCUGGCCUGUCCACAGGCUUUGUACCAAUGUAUGUUGGAGAAAUCGCCCCAACUUCAUUACGUGGGGCACUGGGCACACUUCAUCAGCUUGGCAUUGUCAUUGGCAUCCUCAUAGCACAGAUCUUUGGUAUGAAAGAAAUCAUGGGGACUCCUACAAUGUGGCCCUUCCUACUUGGCUUUACUUUCAUCCCAGCCAUACUCCAGUGUGCCCUGCUGCCCUUCUGCCCCGAGAGCCCGCGCUACCUCCUCAUCAACCAGAGCGAGGAGGCCAAAGCUAAGAGUGUGCUGAAGAAGCUCCGUGGCACUGAAGAUGUGGAUGAAGCCAUGCAGGAGAUGAGAGAAGAGAGCAGGCAGAUGAUGAGGGAGAAGAAGGUCACCAUCCCUGAGCUCUUCCGCUCAUCGCUCUACCGCCAGCCCAUCUUCAUUGCCAUCAUGCUGCAGCUCUCCCAGCAGUUCUCCGGUAUAAAUGCUGUUUUUUAUUACUCCACUCGUAUAUUUGAGAAAGCAGGAGUGUCUGAGCCGGUCUAUGCCACCAUUGGUGCUGGAGUUGUGAACACAGCAUUCACAGUUGUGUCGCUGUUCAUAGUGGAGCGAGCUGGCCGAAGAUCACUACAUCUUAUCGGGCUGAUGGGAAUGGCUGCGUCUUCUGUUCUCAUGACCAUAGCUAUGGCAUUACUAGAUCAAGUGAAAUGGAUGUCAUAUAUCAGCAUCGUAGCCAUCUUCAGUUUUGUGGCAUUUUUCGAGAUCGGACCAGGCCCAAUCCCGUGGUUCAUUGUGGCAGAACUCUUCAGUCAAGGUCCUCGGCCUUCUGCCAUCGCUGUUGCUGGUUUCUCCAACUGGUUUGCCAACUUUUUGGUGGGAAUGAGCUUCCAGUAUGUUGAGGAACUGACAGGGCCGUACGUUUUCAUCAUCUUUACUGUCCUCCUGCUGCUAUUCUUUGUCUUUACCUACUUCAAAGUUCCUGAGACCAAAGGGCGGACAUUUGAAGAGAUCUCUGCGAGCUUCCGCUCAGGAUCUGAGAAGUAUACCCGAGAUGAUCUGAAUGCAUUGGGGGCAGAUUCCCAGCUCUGAGCUCUUUGCUACAUUUAUAAAGUAAUGCUGUAGACUAACCCAAGUGAGCAUCCUCCACUGUAGCACAGUGGGUAUGCUCACAAUGGCAAACUAUUAUAUUACUCCUACUAGGAAUACUGUAGGUUAUGCACUGUUUACUAUGCACUAGUGUUGUCACGAUACUGGAAUGUCUAACUUUGAUACGAUAUUCAUUACCAUUUUCAAUGCCAGAGGGAUAAACUGGAACAACAUUAAGGGCAUAACAUUGUUGAUUUCUAUUAAAUGAUAAAUAUGACAAGGCUAGAACUUGACAAUGAGGAAUAUUUUUACAAUAAUGAAAACUUCUUGAGGUGGUAAAACACUGGAGAAAAAAAUGUACACUGUACACUGGAGAAAAAGCUUACGGAUUUGCAUGUUUACUUCAAAUGGUUUUUAAAGAGAAGUAUUAUUUUUGCUAUUUUAUUACCCAGAAUAGGGUGGUGUGACCAUUAUGGAGCAUAAUGAGCACCGUAAACACAAGUAAUGCAACAUGGAAUUUAAUACAAUAUAGAAUACUGUAAAAUAAUAUAUUUUCUGCCUAGUUCUGUAAUAAGAAGCCAAAUCAGAUCACUAAAGAAUGUUAUUUCAAACACUCAGCUGAUGUUACGAAGCAAGUUUAGAGUUGCUAUAGGUGUUUCAGUACUACGGAGAAAGAGUUUUGAAAGCAUCUAUGCUCAAAGCUGUUUCAGAUAUUUCAGUAUCGAUAUGUAUAAAAUAUAUAUAUAUUUUUGACAACACUAGUAUGCAGAUUUUCUGAUUGCAUUGAAUGCUCUUAUGACUUACUAGACUUGCCAAACUGUGCAAUAUUUGACCAGUACAUACAUUGCUUCUCAAUAAUUACUCAUUAUUUCACUGGACUGACAAAAGCGUGAAUAUUCGUAUACAAAAUUGUAUUAAACAUGGCAAAAUUGCUAUAUUUAUUUCUGGAAUCAUAACCAGACACCUCUCUCUAAUGUAAUAUUUGUGACACUGUUAUAACAGUGCACAAUAUUAUAGUUUAAACCUUUUUUUUGCAUACUGCAGACUAUUUUUAGAUAAAUUACAUAUGACAUACUGUGCUAUUAUUUUUUACAUGCUAUAUUGAAACAAUAACAUGUAGUAUACAGUAUGUUGUAGCAUGCAGUAUGCAGUAUUUUAGUAUUCCAUUCUGAACGUUUCCACUUUCUUAUUUCAGCAAAUGAACAGUAGUAAAGACAAUUCAGCUUUUUUCUCACACGAACACACUCACACAUUUUUUUUUAUUGUUUGUUUACUCAUUCUGAAAUAGAGAAUAGUAUCUAAAAAAAUAAUAAUCAUAAUUUCUGCAUGUUUAAAUGCAUAUGAAUAAGAUUAUUUCACACUUGUGUACUAUUUUGAACGAUUCAGUUCGUACAAUUCAACUGAAAUAUAUUGUUUUUUAGACUUUAGACUAACAGUUUUAACAGUUUUUGCUAGUGUCUAGUUAACACAUGAUGAGUUCUGAUAUAAUAUGUCUCCUGGUGUUAUAUCAAGUAUAAUGAUGUCAGAAAUUAUUAUGGUUUCAGAUUAUGAUAUAUGUUUAUCAAUACUUGAACUGUAGCUUUACCAAGAAGUGGCAAGAUUAAUUCACAAAAAGUAUACAAACUCAAAUCAAUUAUUUACAAUCAUACAGCAGUCCUUCUGUUUUCAGAAGUGUUAAUUAGGGUCUCCAAUAUGAUGAAGUUUAAUAUCUUUCAAAAAGUGGAUCUUAUUUUGACAUCCAGCAAAUUAACUCAACUAAUAUAUUUGUUAUACUAUAAUAUAAAAUAUAUAUAUUUUAGAUUUGUGCAUAAUGUUUGAUGUUUGUGUGAUGAUGAAUUUAGUAUAUUGUUUAUUUAGCAAAAGUACAAUAAUUGUUCACAUGCUGUUUAUUUAUUCCACAUAUUGCUAGGCAUUAUGAAUGAAACAGGCUUCUAAUAUUUCUUAUGUAAUAUAUAUAUGAUUGAUGAUUAGUGUUUUGAUUUUUUUUUAACUUCCUAAAACACGACAUAUGGUUUUGUUCAGUAUACAACAGAAAUUGUGUUAGUAAUCCAAGAAAAAAUGUGCCAAUACAUGUUCAUGCUGGGUAUCCUACUUUUUCUAAAUAAUCAAUUUAUAGCUGCAAAUAAAGCAAAUAAACAAAACUGCAACACG